AAUAUCUUCAUCCCCCUCAUCUGAGAUGGAGUUAUUGAAUCUCUCGAACUUUCCAAUAUUCUAAUGUAUCUCUGUAUUCCUCAAAACACCUUUUAUUAACAAAAUAUUUUCCACCCCUUUAGAUAUUUUUUCUCCCCCAAUAUAUCUCUGUUUUUCUCUCUAUGCUUCUUUUCACCUCAAAAUUACGUCGUCUUUUCUCUUCCAUAUAUUUAUCCCGUGAACCCAGUUCAUCAAUUCUCCAUCAUCAUCGUCGUCGUCGUUUAUGUCCACGUGCCGGUGAAACCCCUCCCUCUGUUUCUCGUCGGAACCGAACCGGGUUUUUCUAAGGAUCCGAUUUGUCAGUUAAAAAAAUUUCCAGCGGGUUUCGGGUUAAUGGAUCGAGGAGGAGGUUCCAACGGAUCUUCUUGCUACUACUCCGUUUUGGGGAUUCGCAAGGACGCCUCCUUCUCUGAUAUCCGCACUGCUUACCGCAAGCUCGCCCUGAGGUGGCAUCCGGAUAGGUGGACGAAGAAUCCGACCGUUGCCGGAGAAGCUAAUCGGCGGUUUCAGAAGAUUCAAGAGGCGUAUUCAGUUCUGUCCGACGAGGAGAAGAGAUCAAUGUAUGACGCCGGAUUCCUUGAUCUCCUGGAGCAAGAUGAGGGGAUGGGUGAUUUCUUACAUGAUUUGAUGAACCUGAUGGAUAAAAAUGUCGGGGCACCGGAGGAGAGCUUAGAGGAUCUGCAGCGGACAUUUGUGGAAAUGUUCGGUGGAGAUUUGGCGAAGAUGAUGGGGAAUGAUGAUCCGACGACUAAAAAGCGAUCACGGGAUGUUGGGUCCACCGCAAGGGCAACUCCGAAACGCAGCAAUUCCAGCGGGAGUUCGUAUCUAUGACUAGGGACGCAUGUAGGAGAUCACGGCCUCAAAAUUACGCACUACAAUUUGUCGAAAUUGAUGAUAGGUCCAAGAGUAAUUAUGGUAGACUUUGGGGGUGGAAGUUUUUAGCUCAGUAUAGGUGACUCAAGAUUUUAUCAUUUUUAACCCUUUUUGUUUCUUUUCUUCUUUUUUUCAGUUUAAUUCCCGGAAUAAAAUCAAAAGUUGUGCUUCCUAUUUAUCUACUCCUGUUAUUGUAUUUUUGCCACCUUUUUAUACAGAGUGAGUAUUUCAAUUCUGAAACGGGAGUUGUGAAAAUUUUCGUUGACCCAUACUAUUUCGAUUUCACGUACAAUGAUAUAGUUACUAUAUCCGUUCUAAAAAAAAAU